CACGAUGACACAUUAUUCUGAAAGGGCGUUCUUCAUGAACACGUUUCCCUUCAGUAAAAUGUUGAAUGAAGGACUCGUAUCAGUGUUUCUACACCGCAGUAACGCAAAGUAUUUAACAACUGUUCGGUUUAUGUAGCUUUACGUGAAGUACACCCUUUGUUGUGACAUAAAACCGGAAGCGGAAAUGUUUCCGUCGGACAGGAGCACUUCCGUCCUGAGCUCAGAGCCGAACUCCUCGCGGACUGAGCGCGCGCGCGUUUCGCUGUCGUCAUGCACCGAUUACAGAUCCUCGCGGGCCACUUGUCGCCCCCCGGGGCCCCGGGGAAGGCGCGGGAUGUGGGGGCCGCGGAGUGCGGGUCCGCGGGCGGCAGCAGCCCGCAGGACGUGGUGGUGGUGCACGGACGGAGGACCGCCAUCGGGAAGGCGAAGAGGGGCGCGUUCAAGGACACCACGCCCGACGAGCUGCUGAGCGCCGUGAUGACAGCUGUGCUUGCAGAUGUUGGACUGUCCCCCGACAGGCUGGGGGACGUUUGUGUCGGUAACGUGCUGCAGCCCGGCGCCGGUGCUCUGAUGGCCCGGGUGGCUCACUUCCUCAGCGGGUUCCCGGAGACGGUGCCGUGCUACACGGUGAACCGGCAGUGCUCCUCCGGCCUGCAGGCGCUGUUCAACAUCGCAGGAGCCAUCAGGAGCGGAUCCAUCGACCUGGGGCUCGCCUGCGGCGUGGAGAGCAUGUCUCUGCGUGCGAUAGGAGAACCUGGAGAUCUGAGCUCCAGGGUGACGGAGGUGGACAAAGCCAGAGACUGCAUCAUCCCGAUGGGAAUCACCUCGGAGAACAUCGCAGAGCGAUUCGGGGUCUCCAGAGAGAAGCAGGACGCUUUCGCUCUCAGCUCCCAGCAGAAGGCGGCCCACGCACAGAGCACCGGGCGGUUCCGGCGGGAGAUCGUCCCCGUCUCCGUCAGGCGCCUCGACGCCGACGGCGCAGAGCGCGAGGCGUCGGUCGCCGAGGACGACGGGAUCCGAGCGGGGACCACGCUGGCGGCUCUGAGCAAGCUGCGGCCGGCCUUCAAGCCCGACGGCAGCACCACGGCAGGUAACUCCAGCCAGGUGAGCGACGGGGCGGCGGCCGUGCUGCUCGGGCGCCGGGCGGCGGCGGAGGCGCUGGGUCUGCCCGUGCUGGGGGUCCUGAGGGCCAGCGCGGUGGUCGGGGUCCCGCCGGAUCUCAUGGGGGUCGGACCGGCGUUCGCCAUCCCAGCCGCUCUGCAGCAGGCCGGGCUGACGGUGGCCGACAUUGACGUGUUCGAGAUCAACGAGGCCUUCGCCAGUCAGGCGGUGUACUGCGUGGAGAAGCUGGGCAUCCCGCUGGAGAAGGUGAACCCCAACGGGGGCGCCAUCGCUCUGGGUCACCCGCUGGGCUGCACCGGCGCCCGCCAGGUGGUGACGCUGCUCAACGAGCUCCGGCGCAGAGGCCGCAGGGCGUACGGCGUCGUGUCCAUGUGCAUCGGCACCGGGAUGGGGGCGGCCGCCGUGUUCGAGUACCCCGGAGCGUAGAGGCCGCCGCACUGCGACCACGAGGACCGGCCCGCCUCCUCCUUCAGGACCCCGUGAUGUCUCCUUAUAAGGUGUCUCCUAGAGACCCCACAGCGAGGCCUCGUAAAGGCCGAUAACCUCAGUGUUCUACAUUCUGAACUGAAGCACGAUUCCUUCAUGAUGGCGACCGGUCCCACGUCUAAAAGAGGCUGCGAAGCGAAUUAAUUCACUUGUACUUUAAU